UUCGUUACGCUCCUACGCAACUUUGCAGAGAGCAAGAGCCGGCAGCUGCAGCCAAGAGCCGAAUUCGAUUUACUUUAUUACCAGCAGCAAAGCGAUCCACAAGCACCAUGGCUGACUUUCUUGGAAAGAAGUACAAGCUGGACAAGAGCGAUAAGUUCGACGAGUACAUGAAGGCCCUUGGCGUGGGUCUGGUGACCCGCAAGAUGGGCAACGCCGUCUCGCCCACCGUCGAGCUGGUCAAGGACGGCGACAAGUACAUCCUGCGCACUACCUCCACCUUCAAGAACACCGAGAUCACCUUUGCCAACGGCGAGGAAAUCGACGAGGAAACCGCCGACGGCCGCAAGGUCAAGUCACUCUUGACCCUGGAUGGCAACAAGCUGACCCAGGUGCAGAAAGGAGAUAAGGAGACCACCAUCAUCAGAGAGUGGUCAGAAGACGCCCUGAAGACGACUUUGACGGUGGACGACAUCGUGUGCACCAGGGAUUACAAGCUGGUCGCAUAAGUACAAGUAACUCUCCUGCUUCACCAUGACCAAGCAUAAUAAACCGAUACAUCACCUUUUUUUGUGAUAAUGUAACAAAAUCGAUUUUGUUUUGAUUCAAACAAAUAUGCCCUUUAAAUGUCAAUUUAUUAUGAUAUUUUCAGCUAAUUUUUCUAUCAAACAUCUGUUUCAAAACAUUUCCAAUGAAAUCCAAAUAAAAUUUAUUUGAACACAAUUA